UAUAAAUAUAGCCUAUUUCUUGGCAAUGACAAUAAGAAAUUAAAGAAGAAAAACUACAACCAGAAUGAGAAAAUUGUGUGCUAUUAUUCUCUUCUCUUGCUUUCUUCUCCUUCUAACUUUUAUAGACGUUGAAGCAGAUUGUGAAGGCAGCUUUUUCGCCGAUAACAGCACUUACAGCAAAAACCUUAACUCUCUUUUCUUUUCUCUUGCAAGUAACGUCAUCUCUAAUGACGGCUUCUACAACACUUCAACCGGAGAAGGCAUCAACAAAGUUUACGGUCUUGCCCUUUGUGGGAGAGGCUACGAAAAGCAAGCUUGUGUGAACUGCGUGGAGAGAGGGAUUCAAGAUUUACAAGAGAUAUGUCCAAAUCGAAUUAAAUCCUUUAAGUGGACCACAAGAGGCGGGGACAAUGCUUCUUGCCUUGUAAGGUAUGCUAAUCACUCUGUUUCCAAGAAACUCGAGCUUUCCCCACCUGAUUUGUCAAAAAGUCGUAUAGACAUAGAGGAAACUAAAAACCUUAAGCUUUUUCGACGAGAAUGGGAAGCUCUGGUUAACCUAACGGUGCUGUCUGCUACUUCACCUCCUGAAAAUGCCUCAGUUGUGCUCAAGUUUUAUAGCGUCAUAAGAGCAGAGUUCACAGAGUUUGCAGAUGUUUACAUGAUGAUGCAAUGCACUCCUGACAUUUUAUCUAGUGAGUGCAACCAAUGUCUUCGCCAGUGUGUCUUGAACUUUCUAAACAUUUACUGGGGAAGCCAGGGAGGUCGGUGUCAGCUUCCUAGCUGCUUUUUCCGGUGGGAUCUUUUUUCUAUUCCUGGAUCUUCAGAGAAUAUGACAAAAGUGUCUAUGAUUAGUCGUGCUUCGACUCUUCCUCAAGGAGAUACUGAGUUAAAACUUGGAUAUGACAAGAAAGGAAAAAGGAUUCGGAAUGGAACUAUCGUGAUUAUUGUUGUUCCUACGGUUAUUAACCUCUUCGUGUUUGUUGGUCUUUUCAUCAUCUUCGAUCAGAGGAGAAAGGCCUAUAAUAAAAACAUCAACGGUGAAUGCCCUGAUUCUGAUGGACAAUCUAAGUUACGGUUUGGUCUUGCCAUGAUACUCUCUGCGACCGAUGACUUUUCGCCUGAAAAUAUGGUUGGUCAAGGUGGAUCUGGAACUGUCUACAAGGGGAUUUUACCUAACGGGCAAGAGAUAGCAGUGAAGAGAUUAAUAAAAGGUUCAGGGCAAGGAGAUAUGGAGUUCAAGAAUGAGGUCUCGUUCUUGGCUAGACUCCAGCAUAAGAAUUUGGUUAAGCUUCUUGGGUUCUGUCAUGAAGGAGACGAAGAGAUUCUUGUCUACGAGCUUUUGCCGAAUUCUAGUCUUGAUCAUUUUAUCUUUGAUGAAGAGAGGCGUUUGCUUCUUACAUGGGAGGUGAGGUUCAAAAUUAUAGAAGGUGUUGCUCGAGGUCUUCUUUAUCUCCAUGAAGAUUCGCAGCUGAAGGUUAUUCACCGAGAUUUGAAGGCAAGCAACAUCCUUUUAGGUGCCGAGAUGAACCCUAAAGUUGCAGACUUUGGGACAGCUAGAUUGUUCAAUACAGACGAGACUCGAGCUGAAACAAGACGGAUAGCUGGAACCUGUGGAUAUAUGGCUCCAGAAUACGUGAAUCAUGGGCAAAUCUCAGCUAAAUCUGACGUUUUCAGCUAUGGUGUUAUGCUUCUAGAGAUGAUUAGUGGUCAAAGAAACAAUAGCUUCGAAGAAGGACUUGCAGCUUUUGCAUGGAAGAGUUGGGUUAAAGGAAAGCCUGAGACUGUAAUUGAUCCUUUACUGAUGGAGAAUCCAAGAAACGAAAUCAUAAAGUUGAUCCAGAUUGGUUUAUUGUGCGUUCAGGAGAAUGCAGCAAAGAGACCCACCAUGAGCUCUGUAAUAGUUUGGCUUGGUAGUGAAACUAUCACUAUUCCUUUUCCUAUGUCUCCUGCUUUCACUAGGGAACAAUCCCAAUCUGAAAAUAGUAAAAUCUCAAUGAGCAAAGACAUCUUCACGGAGUUGAACUAUCGUUGAGUUAUAAAUAAGUUGAUGAUCAAUAUGUGUCUUAAACUGUAUUACUACUAGGGAAAAUUGUUGUUUAAGCCAAAAAAAGAUAAUUAUGUCCUAUUUUGUACUAUUUUUGUCUUUAAUACUUUUUUGUAUUUUUUCCAGUUCUAAAAAUAUUUAAAUCAUAAGUUUAUAU